AUGGCCAGCUCAGACGGAGAGGCGGUUGCUGCUCCGGCGGGGGGGGGGAAUGGUGGACCGAGGCUGGUUUGCAGGAGAAGCCCCGGGGGUAGCCCGAAGCGAUGCGAGUACGGCAGCCCUAAACGUUGGUGUAGGGAACGCCAGCUCGAGUCUGUGGCUUUUAUAGGGCAGGGGAGCGACGCCAACGUGUACCUCGUGCGCUGCAAGCUGACGGGGAGGAUGUCUGCCUUGAAGGUCCAGUUGAAGGCGGAGCACGAGAAGAACGUGGAGCGGGUGCACAUGGAGCGGCAAGUCAUGGUGGAUGCCCGCCACCCCCUCGUGGCCCCGCUGUUCGCGGCGUUCCAGGACAGGAUGUAUCUCUACCUCGAAAUGGAGUACUGCCCCGGGGGGUCGCUGGACAACUUUCUGAGGUAUUUCGUCAAGAGGAACCUCACGGAGGACGAAGCUCGUUUCUACGCCGCGGAGAUAUCGCUUGGGUUGGAGUUUCUGCACUCGAAAGGCUACGUGUAUCGAGAUUUGAAGGCGGCGAAUGUCCUGGUGGCCGCGUCUGGGCACAUCAAACUCACCGACUUCGGCAUCUCGGAGCGAGGGAAGUUAAGGAUUGAGACGAACGACAGAGUGCGGAAGAAGGAUAUCUCUCCGCCGCGACCCUUACCUCGGGUGAAGUCGCUCCCGGGCUUCAUAGCGGCUGUGAAAGACUCGCCAGAAUUGGCUCUUUCUACCUCUUCUUCUGGCUCACGGCCGGUGUCGAAGAAACCCGCCGGCGGCUCUGCGGCGGGAGUCGGCGUCGCCGGAGGUUCGUCUUCGGACGGCCAAGGAGGAGGCGUUGCCGAAGCGCGGACCGGGGGCCAUCGCCGAGCUUCCUCCGCCCGUGUUGCCACCACCACCAGCGGCAGCAGCUCCACCACCCCCAGCACCUCCUCCUCCUCCUCCUCUCCAGAUUCGUUGUCGGGUGACCCGCGUCCCUCUCUCGAGUCUGCGGUCACCGCCGGCGCUGGCGGGUCGCGUUACUCGUCGUUCUUUCGCCGGAAGAAGCGGCGGCAGCAGCAGCAAGAUGGGCCUGGGGCGACUCCGCCGCGGCCCCCGAGCCUGAACCUGGGCAGGCGGAUGCGGGGUGCAGGGGCAUUCAAGACAUCGGGUCCAGAAGCCCGCCUUCUCCGACGUCCCGCGGACGUGCGGGGAUGCGAAGAGCCACCGUCACCCUUGGCGAGGCUUCUUGGGGGGCUGCUCUCGGGGUCGCCGGAGUAUAUGGCGCCGGAGGUCCUGAUGCACGACCCCCAGGGGAGCGCCGUGGACUGGUGGGGUCUGGGCGUCCUGGUCUACGAGCUGCUGCUGGGCCGCACCCCGUUCGCCGGAGAGAACGGCAAGACCCGCCUCACGUUCCUCAACAUCAUGCACGGGGAGGUCCGUUUCCCGGAGCCCGGGGAGCGCGACGACGGGGACAUCAGCGGCGUCUGCCAGGAGUUCGUGCGGGCGCUGCUGGUCAAGGACCCCCGGGGACGCGCCGGCGGCGCGUCCCCGGUGCGGGAUCACGCCUUCUUCUCCGGGGUGCGGUGGGACCACCUCCUCGAAGAGGAACCCCCGCUGCGGCCUCCUCCCGGGUGCUGCACGGGGGCCGGGGGGGGGGCGGAGGAGUCGGCGGCAGCGUUUGUUGGGGUCCCCGCGGGGGAGAACACUUCUGGUUGGUGGUGGGACGAUGCGAUCGCCGUCGAGGACGAGGAGCCGGCGGGGUGGAGAGGGACAAGGGCGGCAGGAGCGGGAGGCAAGGAGAGAGAUUGGUGGCCGUUUGAUCGAUUCAAUUGGAGCGAUAGCGAGAGAGGCGCUCGAGUGGGGCAGUGA